CUUUCCGCGGCGCGGGCGAGGCCGCGGUCCGUCCCGUCCCACCUCCCGCCAGGUGACAAAUGAUAGUGCUUUCCUGCCUGAGGCUUUAAGGUGAAGUAUCCAAACCAACUACUUAGUCUGCAUGUUUAGUAAGAUACUGACAACCUGAAUUCAGCUUAUCUGAUGUUGAUCUUGGAACUUGACUUCUAAGUUGUUUGCAGUUGUACCACCUGGUAUUUAGUGAACAAUUGCUUUCAAAUCUACCUUAACGAGAAGUUGCUGAUGAGAAUUCUGCCAACACAGCCCAGAGUUUCAACUGGCUUGGACUCGUAUGUCAGCAGAAUGGCUUUUUGUGUUCCAUUGUUGAGGAUUCCUUGUUACUGGUGAUGGGUGAGCCUGAAAAAACACAGCUUGACUUGCACAUCACAGGCUCCUCUUUAGCCCACUGUCCUGAAGACAACAGGUUCUGGCUGAUUAGGAGUCUCUACUAGCAACUCAAGUUGGCUGGAGAAUGGAAGGUGUUGAGUUUAAGGAAGAAUGGCAAGAUGAAGAUUUUCCAAGACCCCUGCCAGAGGAUGAUCCUGUUGAGUCAGAUAUAUUGGCUGCAACUGGAACAGAAAGUGAAGCUGGGGUCAAUGCAACCAAAGCAAGGAAGAAGCUAACGGCUCCAGAUAUCAGCUUAACUUUGGAUCACAGUGAGGAAUCUGUUUUGUCUGAUGACUUGGAUGAGAGUGGGGAGAUUGAUUUGGAUGAUUUAGAUACUCCUUCAGAAAACAGCAAUGAGUUUGAAUGGGAAGAUGAUCUUCCAAAACCAAAAACUACUGAUGUAAUUAGGAAAGGAUCACUUACUGAAUACACUGUGGCAGAGGAGAAGGAUGAUGGUCGACGCUGGCGAAUGUUUAGGAUUGGAGAACAGGACCAUAGGGUGGACAUGAAGGCAAUUGAACCAUAUAAAAAAGUUAUCAGUCAUGGUGGUUAUUACGGUGAUGGGUUAAAUGCCAUUGUUGUGUUUGCAGUUUGCUUUAUGCCUGAAAGCAGCCAGCCUAACUACAGAUAUCUGAUGGACAAUCUAUUUAAAUAUGUAAUUGGCACUUUAGAGCUAUUAGUAGCAGAGAACUAUAUGAUAGUUUACCUGAAUGGUGCAACAACACGGAGAAAAAUGCCAAGUUUAGGCUGGCUUAGGAAAUGUUACCAGCAAAUUGAUAGAAGGUUAAAGAAAAAUCUGAAAUCAUUAAUCAUAGUUCAUCCUUCCUGGUUCAUCAGGACACUUCUGGCCAUCACAAAGCCUUUUAUUAGCUCAAAAUUCAGCCAAAAAAUUAGGUAUGUCUUUACCCUGGCAGAACUAGCUGAACUCAUCCCCAUGGAAUACGUUGGCAUCCCAGAAUGCAUAAAACAGUAUGAAGAAGAAAAGUUUAGAAAGAAACAGAAAAGAGUUGACCAAGAGCUGAAUGGAAAACAAGAGCAGAAAAGUGAACAGUAAGUCUGGAGUCCAGACGAGACUGAAGAAUAUGCAGAUGGAAUGAUGCUAUUUUUGCUCUAUUACAAUGCAUUCUUUCUGUGUGUAUAUUAUAUAAGCUGUUGCAAAAGGUGCUUGAUUUCUUUGGACUAGCACACAAUGGACUGCUUACUGCUGUAUUGGUUUGUCUUGACUUUAACAGCUAUGUUUAUGUAAUCAUUUUGUAUUGCUAAAUGUCAAAGAACUCUGUUUUCAGAGGAUGUUCUUGCAGUUGUUAAUCUAAAUGAUGCAUGUUCUUCAGUAAAAUAUUUAUAUACCUAGAUGUUAAAGGAAAGAGAUAAUAUAUAUUUAUAUGACUGAGCAAUAUAUUGUGUGUACCUGCUGAAGAAAUUUGUUUGCAGGUAGACAAGGCCAUAAGUUACUUGUUGUUAUUGUAUAAAUUUGUCUUGCUGUAAAUGGUCAAGUGCAUUUCUUUGUUGUCACAGGAACUUUAAUUUGUUUGGAUAUUAACAGUCACAUAAUGUAUUCUUUCACAAAUGUGAAGGUUUUGUUCACAGAGCUAAUACAAGCAGUACUCAUUUACCUCACCAGAACGAGCUUGAGCUUUGGUGUCUUUUAGUCCAUUUUUCAGAAUGCAGAACUGCAGUUCUGUGAACUUCAGUCUGGCCAAAGGGCUUAAACCUAAGCCACAAUAGAAGCUGAACUGUUUGAAUAGCUGGUAAGAUAUUGAUAUUGGACGUUUCUCAAUUUAAGUUGCAAAUUUAGGUUGUGCUUCAGUAAAUCAAGCUUAUCGCAGCUACUAGUAGGAAAUGAGUUCACUGCAGUUCUUCCUGGGAGAAUAUUGGUUGUCACCAGUAGGAACUCCGGUCGCACUCAGUAGAGCUUGGGAGUUGCAUACAUACUCUAGCCAUAUCAUCAAUUGUUUGCAGAGGUAUGGGGAGUCUUAUGCUACCUGUGUCAUGCUUGUAGGUGAAACUUCUGUUUCUAAAGCUCUUACUUUGGCAUAUGAUACCAGCACUAAUGUCACUUAAAAAAACAUAUUUAAAGGUUGAGGGUUUUUUCUCUCCCCACAAUGGUAGUAAACCUGUGUAAACCUUGUUCUUGGACACAUGACUAUUGUUCAUAGGUUUAUUGGGACAACGAUAAUGCACUGGUUGAUAUGAUGAAAAAGUUUGUAACAUCUUUUGAUAGUUAUUGCUGUUUCCCUGUAAGAACAGGUGUAUGCAAAAAAAAUCCACUGAGGAGUUAAGCAAUAUAAUAUUGUAGCAAAUGUAUUAAAUCUUCGCUUUUGUUUUUUAUUGUGCUGACAAUUUUGUCUUAAUUCCGAAAAUACUGGUUCUCGAUUAUAUGAAAGGUUACUGUUGUACAGUUAUUAAAAAAAAAGUUGCAUUCAACUUGAUUGCUACCUGCCACUGCUAAUCAAAGGAGAGUUCUGUGGUUAAGACUUAUUACCAAUUAAUCUGUUGUCUCAAACGAUACCUGUGUAGAGUAUACUCAUUAUGUCUCUAGGAGCUUAAGUCUGCAAUUCAGAGACUUUCAUCUCAAGAUAGAGGUAAUUUUGUUACAGUAGCUUCUGUAUCACAGUUUCAAAGAGAUUAAUAUGCAGGUUUGUUCUCUUUCUCUAAUUUCAAGUUGCCUUGCAUCCGUUUCAUCACGUUUGGAUCUUGCAUUGAAAGCAGAACACAAAUGUGAGCAGUUUCUUUGGGGCUGUCUUAAUGUAAAGUUCCACUUGGUGAAUUUGACACAGCCUGUUUACUCCUGAUACUUGCAGAGGUGGUUGUGCGUGAACAUGCAAACCUGUAAACCUUCCUGAUUUUGACUGAUUCUAUGUGGCUCCUAAGCUAGAUACUAAGCAUUGUGAUCAUCUAAUUUCAAAAUUUUCCUGAUUAAAAAAGUAUUAUUCUCAGUAAAAUCAUGUUCUUAGUGGAAGGAUAGUUCUAUAUGUCUGGUUCCUUCCUGUGUGUAUAGUGCAGUAUAAAGUAGCCAGUCCUCUGCAUAGGCCAUAUUAGCAAAUGAUGGGAUUGUCAUUGUUGUCUCUCGUGGUGGCUGAGUGAUUCUACAGUUCCAUGCUGCAGUAGCGCUGUUUCUUUUUGGAAAUGUAUAUGUGCUUACCUAGUGAUUUCUGUAGGAUUUUUCUGAAUGAAUAUACAACAUGACAGAUUUUCUGUCCCUAAGGAUAGCAACUUGAGAAACAGUUUCAGUACAGAUUUAUUCCCCUCUGACCUUUUGCAACCCAUCAUUUAAUGGUGAGGUGGAUGUUUACAAAAAGAGAAAAGAGAAAAGGUCCUGAGGUUAUCUUGGACACAAAUGGGUAGCUUUUUUUGUCACACUUAUAUUAAAUCUGUAAAAUAAUAUAUUUUAAUAUUUAAAAACAUGAAAAGUUGGAAUGUCUUAAAUGUUAUUUGAAAACCUGGAUCACUUAGUGAUAAGAUACUGUAUUGUACAGAAUUCACCUUUCAGUGAUACUUCAUUCUAGAAGUAAAACUUAGGUUGCCAGAACACAGUUAGGGCCCUGACAAGAAAAUAUAAUUUGCUAAGUCACUAAUAUACCUUUGAUUUGAAGAUCUCGUGAGUUUGUUUAUACACACACUGUGGGAUUGGACUAGAUGAUCUUUUGUGGUCUCUUCCAAUCCCUAACAUUCUGUGAUACAUGUAUAUGUGUAUAUAUAUGUGGUAAUAAUUAAUUAGUUACCUUCUGUUAUUACUGUGUGCAACUGAAAUGGAGAUGUUUGAGUGGCCUUUCUGUGCGUAGAUGUGACAUUGUAUAAAUUGAUUUCUACAACUGGGUAAGUACAGAGGUGGCAAAGAUAUUUUAGAGAAAGUGUCGUUGAAAGCUGGUGUGGGUAGACUGUAUAUUGCUUGAAGGUUCUUGAUGUCCUGUGUAGCAUGGCAAAGCUGUGUUCUGUUGGAAGGUAGUGGAGGAGAAUGUAUGAGGAUUUAGUGCUGAAGCAGACUGAAGUCUUUGAGACUCUGGGAUGUUAAAAUGGAGGAAAGUUUUUGGUUCCAAAAAGCUUAGAACUAGUUAGAGUAAUAUGUAACCUGCUUCAUAACAAUGCAGUUUAGCUUUUUUAUUUUUUUUCAGUGAAAUAGUGAAGAAUAGUACUUCUUAAUGUGAGGAACUUUGUGCUGAGAAACAGUAGUUAUGUUCUGAAUUGCACACAAUUGCCUGUAUUUGUUAGCACGUUUCAGCAAGUUUGUUGCAUCGUGCACUUCAAUGCUGUAAUGAAAGCUUGAAACCUCUCAGCACUUGUCAGGCUUCAAGAUUAGAUGACAUGUAGGUGGUGAUGGAAUCUUUUAUGAAAUGACCUUGAAGUGUGUCAUAGGGAGGAGAGAGUGGCAUUGGUGCCUAGUCAUAUGUCAGUUUCACUGAUGUCAUCUGCUUACAUGUCUGUAGCUAACAGAAAAUAAUGGAACUACAUUGUGAGUGGGCACUUUCUAAACUAAAUCUGUCACAAAUAAGUUUCUUGGUGAAAAGCAUAUUUCUUCAAGUGCCAAGUUUUAGGCUGUGUAUUCUAUGGAUUUAUACGGUAUUUAUUAUGUAGAAAAUGGCUUAAAUGUAUCACUUAUAACAAACUGUUGUAUUUGGAGAUGAUGUUAAUUCUCAAGUUUUUCCAUUCUCCCUCAGAAAGGUCUCAUACGAGGAUCAGAAGGGAGAGGGAUAAGAGCUUGUGUGCUUUUUGUAACUACAGAAGUCUUACAGAGUUUUCAGUGAAAAUUCUUAGUCCUUGUGGAUGCAGGUCAUUCUCUACAAGAUUAGUUUCACUGGUUGUCAGAGACGCUUGAAAUAAGUGCUUUAAUUAUACUUUUUAAGGAUACCUGGUUUUAGUCAGAGUAGCACUCUGAAAUAUAAGGAAUAUUUAAACAUUCGUAUUCUGAAAGACAGAUUUUGCAGGUUUCCUAGCUUCAAAAUUGUAAGUUGAACUACAUUGUUUCCCUUAUCACAUCUUGUUCUCUAUAUUGAGCAAACAGGAAAACAGGUCAUUUGUGAAUGAAGAGGAUGCAGCCGUGAUACAGUUUUUCAUCGUUUCCCUCAAGCACUAUUCUGAGAUCAGUGAAAUUGAAGCCAUUCUUUGCUCAACUAGAUCUGUUUUCAGUUUUGCGUUUUGGACUGCCCAGAUCACCCUGAUUUAAACAUACUGGUGAUUUUUUUUUUUAAUUGAAAAUUAUCUGAGGAAAAGCUACUGGAGCAUUUUCAGGAAGUCCUUACCUUACCAUGCUCCUUACUGUAGCUUGCUCAGCUGCUAGUUCAUAUUUGACAUGGAAUUCCAGGUUAAUAAUUACAAAAACUAUUCAUAGAAGACAGGUGGUUACUUUCCCAGUGGCUCUGCCGUGUUUCUUAAUCAUCUGAACAAAGCCUUUUUAUUAAAAGGAAAAGCCUGAGUAGGAGGGUGCUCUACUAGUUAGUUGAAUAGUAAGAUAGAAGGGGUAAGGCAUUGUCUAUUAGUAAACUUUAGUAUGUGUAAUAUGGGCAACUUGCACUGAUAGACAAAAUGAUGCUGCAGCAGUCAUGCAAAAAUAUGGGUGGUGGAUUGUAGAUGAUAAACUGGCUUAAAUUGACUGCUACUAUUCUUGACAGAUGCAACAAUUUUCCUUUGCCCCUUUGAUAUAGAACUAUGUAUGUGCAAGACUCUUCACCUACCUCUUAAUGUUAUGAUCCUUUCUUUUCAAAUGAGCUUGUUUUGUGUUUGUUCAAAGGUGUCAUGGAGUAAUGUGAUAAACACAGUUCUGAACGUGCUGGCUUAUGGGAAACUUUUUAAGUAGGAAUAAAAUAAAUGCUAUAUCAAAUAAAUACCAUUGGAGAAGGUCUGAAUGUUUUAUUUUACUACUUAGGAAUAUAGCAAUACUGAGGCUUUUGUGAUUGUAUGCACUACUCCCUCCCUCACAAAAACAUGAAAUUUGGUUUCCAAAGCAUUGUAGGUUCACUAGUUGUAGGGAAAUGUAACAAUUAUUUUGAAGAUAUUUUUGGAGUGGAGUAUUUUGAUGGCUUUUGGCAGCAUAUACUAUUAGAGGGAAAUGGGUUUUUUUAGCUUAAGGAAGGCAUGGACUUCAGUCAUUUGAAUAGGUAAAAUAAACCUAAACCCGGAGAUACACUUUGCCUGGCUGUUACUAUAUAACACUGGAAGGGUCGCCGCAGCAUUAACCCGGCGUGUAACGCAGGUGGUGCUGGGGCCCGCCGCGCUGCUCCUGCAGCAGCCGCACUCCGCUGCGGGGCGGGGCCUCCGCGCUGCGCGCAGGAUGAGGCCGGGCCCAACCCGCGCCGUUCCGCUUCCGGGUCACGGGGCGGGCGAGGAGGGGCCCCCAGCUGUUCGGCCGCUCGGAGCGGAGCGAGGCCAUAGCGGGCGUCCAGAGCACUGGAUGAUCGGAGCGUGUCCAGCCCGUCUCGAUAAACCAUGGCCUAUCAGCUGUACAGGAACACCACACUGGGGAACAGUCUUCAGGAGAGCCUGGAUGAGCUCAUACAGGGGUCUCUGAAUACAUACAGGUUCUGUGACAACGUAUGGACAUUUGUACUGAAUGAUGUUGAAUUCAGGGAGGUCACUGAACUUGUGAAAGUGGAUAAAGUGAAAAUUGUAGCAUGUGAUGGAAAAAACACUGGUUCCAAUACUGCAGAAUGAAUAGAACUGUGGUUUGUCUGCAAUGUUUUCUGCUAAUAUGCAGCACUUCCUGGAGAGAAGCGAGGAAAGGGACUGUAUUGAUACUUAAUUCCUGUGAUGCGGAUGUGAGUUAGUCCGUGCUAGAAAGCCUCCCAAUGAGAGCGGAAGAAAUACUUGUAGCAUUUCUUCAGUCUGCCUUCUAAGGCACGAAUACAAUGUUACCUUUUUUUGUUUUUUAAUUUACAACAGAUACUGUUGCCUUUUUUGUUCAAAAUAAUUUCUGUAAUAAAUUUUUAUUUAAAAACUUG